AUGACUGAUAUAGUUGAUGAUAAUGAGUCGGCAUCAUCAAGAUUCGCACAUUUGCUUCGACCCAUUAGAGAUCUCGCAGAGAAUUGGAGUAUCGAUAUCUCAAGUGAGUUGGAGGACUACUUGGGUGAACUAUCAAAGAUCUCAUUUACACUAGGAGGUGUAACCAAGUUGAAUUUUGCAGAAGCUGCACUUUUAAUUCAAGGAUCAGCUGUUAUUUAUAGUAAGAAAGUUGAAUAUCUAUAUAGUUUAUUAUAUCAAACAUUAGAUCAUUUGGCAGAUAAAAGAAAAAGAAAAGAACAUAAUUCAUCAUUGGACAAGGAUGGAAAUGAUAAAGAUAUUUUAGUGUUUGACGAUGGACCAGAGUUUCUGCCGUUGGACGAUGUCUUGGUGGAAGCUGACGAUAUCGAUUUGAAUGAUCACGAUGACUUUGGUGGUGGCGAUGGUCCAGAUAAUAAUAACGAUGUUGAUCAACAACAAGAGAAUGAACAGAAUCCAAAACAAAGACGACAACGACAGAGAAAGGAGAAGGACGGUGCCAAUCUCGAGAAGGACACAACUCUCAAUAUGAAAUACGGAUCGCAAGCAAUGGCCAUGCUGACAUCGCUAUCCGACCGUACAAUGGAGUCGAUGAACGACUCCAACAGUAACGGUACCUCCAAUCAGCUGAAUCCACAGCAAGAAGGUGAAACCAAGAAAUACGACUUCAAAAUGAAUACCUGUCAAGUGACAAAGAGUGGAGCACUCCUUCUUUCCAGCAUGAUGAACGAUGAAGAAGCAAUAUUCGGUUCAACCAUAUCAAGAUAUAGUAAAUUUGAUGAUUUACUUCCAACUUCCAAUAACAAUAGAGAAGAAGAUGAAAAUAAUCUAAAUAAUAAUAAUAAUAAUAUUAAUAAUAAUGAAGAAGAUGAUCGUGGAACAGGAAUGGAUUUCGAUAUGGAUGGAGGUGGAGGAGCACCAAGUGAUGACUCUGAUUAUGAAAACGAUGGUGGCGGCGGUGGUGAUAUAGAACUUCCAGAUGGUGGUGAUAUGAAUGGUGACGGUCAAAGUGGAGGAGAUGGUGAGAGUUCAACAAAUAUGGAUGAGCAGCAACAACAAGAGAGAUUGAAGCGAAGACAACAGUUACAACAACAGCAACAGCAACAGAGACAACUACAACAACAAAAGAAACAUGUAAAUCUAUGGGUGUUGUUGGAUCCACACGAAGAGACAACCGAUAAACCAUUCCAAAAAGGUAGAACCUAUAGAAUACCGAGCAAUUUGAAAUCACCAGAUGUAAAUAGCGGCAGCAAGAACAAUGCCAAGCCCAAAGAAAAGAAGUUGGAUUCCUCGCUGGAAUGCAGGACAGCAGAGAUCAUCGUUUUUCCACAGGAAUCGAUGGCUUUGAAAGGUGCCUAUUUCAAAGAUUUAUCAUACAUAUAUAGAGAGUUUAUAAAGCAAUCAAGAAGUUUAAGAAUGUCAAAGAAUCAAAAGAUGGAAUCUAUUGAAUUGUUAGAACCAAAUGGAGAUAUUCCCGAUGAAGUAGAUCCAAACCAACAAUCAAAAACAAAUGAAUAUGUUGAAGCUGAAUAUAAUUUCGAUGAUAGUGAUGAAGAUUAUGAUAAUGAUGGUGGAGGUGGUGGAUUCGAAUGGGAUGAAAGUGAACCAAUUAGACCUGAUACUCAAAAGAUUAAUAAUAUAAGUGAAGGUGAUGAUUAUAUGCUUGGUGGUGGUGAUAAUGAACAAGAUGAAAGUGGUAAUAGUGGUAAUAGAAAUACAAUGGAUUAUCAUAUGCCAGGAUAUAGCGAUUAUCUUAACUAUCCUAAUCCAUCGAGCAAGAGUUACGAGGAUCUCUGUCAGUCGUAUAUCAAUCAGUACAUGGCGAGUGCCAAUCAGUAUCUAAAGGAGACGUCACUCAUGAAGCGAAUGAACGAUUGGACCAACAACAUAACACCGCUACUCGAGAAGCAGAAUGCACGUCCCAAGUUUGAUAUCGUAGAGUACAGCAGCCAGAUCAUCGAUGAUUUGGCAGGCAUCGUAAAGAAGCACGUUAACAUCGAGAGCGGCGAGCCACUCGAUGACCAGCAGAUCGACCGUGACCUGCUGAUCCGCUUUGAAGAUCUGAUGGUCGAGACACCGGCCUACGAGGUAUCGCGACGAUUCGCCAGUUGUCUGCAGCUGGUGAACAACGGUAACAUUGAAAUCAUCUACAACAAAGACAAGAAGACAAUGAACGACGUCGGAUUCCACUUGAUCACCACCAAAGCAAAGUUUGGUGAACUCGAGAACUACGAUGCACAACAACACGAAGCGAACAACAAGAAACUACAGGAACAAGAAGAACAAGAGGAACAAGAAGAAAGAGAAAGACAAGCUCAAUCAUCAUCAACUAAUUCAACAAAAACAAACAAAUCAUCAUCUUCUAAAUCAUCGAAAUCAACAACCAAGAGUAGGAGUAACAAUAGUAAAAAUAAUAAGAAAUCAACAACAACAACAAAGUCAACAAAGACAACAAAGACAACUAAAUCUAAAAAGAAACAAGAAUCAGAUAGUGAAAGUGAGAGUGAACAGAGUAGUUUAUCAGAGAUGGAAACAGAAGAUGACAAUGACGAUGAAGAUGAAUCCGAUUACACAUCUGAUGAAGAUAAUAUCAAAAAGAAGAAAAAGAAAAAGCCACCAACUACUAAAAAGUCAACUGCUAAUAAUAAUAAAAAGAAUAAUAAAUAA